CUCAUAUAUAUCAUUUCUCCUCCCUAAACAUCAUUCAUCAUCACCACCUCUAUACAACAAAAGAGCAUCAUUUGUCGUCAUCGGUUCGAAUUCAAACACGAUGGAGAAUGACUUGUUGUUUGGAAAAUACAAGAUGGGAAAACUGCUCGGCCAGGGCGCUUACGGAAAAGUAUACUAUGCAAAAAACAUUCAUACAGGCCAACCUGUGGCGGUCAAAGUCAUUAACAAGCAGAUGAUCAAAGAAAAAGAUUUGAUGUCCAAUGUCAAGAGUGAAAUAAGCAUCAUGGGUCGUCUUCGACACCCAAACAUUGUCCGUUUAUACGAGGUUUUAGCCUCCGAACAAAAGAUAUAUUUCAUUAUUGAGCUUGCUAGGGGUGGGGAGCUCUACGCUAAGUUGGCCAAGGGUCGUUUUACCGAAGAGCUAAGUCGGAAGUACUUUCAACAGCUUAUCUCGGCUGUUGGAUACUGUCAUUUUAGAGGUGUCUACCACCGUGAUUUAAAGCCAGGUAACCUUUUGCUUGGUUCUAAUGGGAAGCUUAAGGUUGCGGAUUUUGGGCUUGCUGCGGUUAAAGUCAUCAAGGAUCAUAUCCGACCCGAUGGGAUGUUGCGUACCGUGUGUGGGACACCGGAGUUUAUGGCACCGGAGAUUAUAGCCAGGAAAGCGUAUGAUGGUGCGAUGGUUGACAUAUGGGCGUGUGGGGUUAUAUUGUAUUUUCUCACAGCUGGGUAUUUGCCAUUCAAUCAUCCAGACACAAGGGCUAUGUUUAGAAAGAUAUAUCAGGGGAAUUACCGAUGCCCUACUUGGAUGUCUGAUGAUCUUACACGUUUCUUGGGUCGUCUCCUUGAAACCAACCCGGAAACGCGUAUCACAAUUGAUGAGAUUGUACAUGACCCUUGGUUCAGGAAUGGUGGUUUGUUUAAGGAUAAGGAUAAAGGUCCUGAGUUUGAGUUUCAGUUUUAUCAUGACAAAGAUCGUAAGGAUUUGGAUGAUGGUUUCUUAUCUCAUACUGUACAACAACUAAAACAACAACAACAGAAGCAACAGGUGAUGAAAGAAGAAGCGAGUACUAGUAUUAGUAAUCCACUCAACGCAUUUGAUUUGAUCAGCUUCUCCCGGGGCCUUGACUUGUCAGGGUUGUUCAACAAGAAUUACAACCCUUUUGAAGAUAGUGAGAAGUUUAUCUCUGGUUUUUCUGAGGAUGAGAUCAUUUCCACCAUCAGAGAAGUCGCGGCUGAGCUGGAUGUAAAGGUACACAUGACCAAAAAGGAGUGUGUCAUGGAUUUAGUCGGAUCAAUUGGGAAUUUCAUAGCCAGGGUGGAGGUUAACCAGUUGACUGAGAACCUGGUAAUUGUUGAGGUGAAGAUUAAAGGAGGAGAUUCUGUCUCUGAAAAUGACAUUUGGAAGAAAAAGUUGAUGCCUAAACUUUCUGGGUUGAUAUACAACACAGCCUGAACUUAGCCUCAAUUUGAUAUUUCUGUUGACUGUUUCACAAUCUGGUAUGUAUAAUCGUUGUAAUAUUAUACUUCUAUCCUUUAUCCUACAUUGUAUUCGGUAUUCCAUGAAGCAUGUAAUCACAUCGUGGCUCAUUCCGACAAAUCAAAUAAAAAUUAUCUGUGUUACA